CACCCGACGGUUGUGCGGCCGCCAUGGAGGCCGGUGGGCCCUGAGGGGAGGCCGGGCCCCGCCGGCGGCCUGCAGUUACGAGAGGCGGAGGCCGCGAGCACGCAGCGGGGGAGGCGGCUGCGAGGCGGGUCGCUGCGGGAGGCUCGGCGCUCCGGGAGUGCCGCGGCCGCCGGGCCGCCGCGCCCGGCCGCGGCCCCGGCCCCGGCUCCAGACAUGGCGGGCGGGCACUGCGGCAGCUUCGCCGCGGCGGCGGCCAGCAGCGGGGAGAUCGUGCAGCUGAACGUGGGGGGGACCAGAUUCAGUACCUCAAGGCAGACUCUCAUGUGGAUUCCAGAUUCCUUUUUUUCCAGUUUGCUGAGUGGAAGAAUUUCAACACUUCGAGAUGAAACUGGUGCUAUAUUUAUUGAUAGGGACCCGGCAGCGUUUGCCCCCAUUUUAAAUUUUCUUCGGACGAAAGAACUCGACUUAAGGGGAGUGAGCAUCAGUGUUCUCAGACACGAAGCGGAAUUUUAUGGGAUCACUCCGCUAGUGCGAAGGCUGCUACUGUGUGAGGAGCUGGAGCGGUCGUCCUGCGGCAGUGUUCUAUUCCAUGGCUACUUGCCCCCACCAGGCAUUCCCAGUCGUAAAAUAACUAACACAGCUACAUCUUCUGCCGACACUAGGAAUGGGCUAAAUUCUACAGAAGGCGAAGCCCGGGGAAAUGGGACGCAGCCCGUGCUCUCUGGAAAUGGAGAAGAGACUGUUAGGCUGGGAUUUCCGGUGGAUCCCAGAAAGGUGCUAAUAGUUGCUGGCCACCACAACUGGAUUGUAGCUGCCUAUGCUCAUUUUGCUGUGUGUUACAGAAUCAAAGAGUCUUCAGGGUGGCAGCAAGUGUUUACAAGCCCAUAUCUGGACUGGACCAUUGAACGAGUGGCUUUAAAUGCAAAAGUGGUCGGAGGUCCUCAUGGGGACAAGGACAAAAUGGUGGCCGUUGCCUCAGAGAGCAGCAUCAUCCUGUGGAGUGUUCAGGAUGGAGGAAGUGGAAGUGAAAUAGGUGUGUUCAGCCUUGGUGUCCCUGUGGAUGCGCUCUUCUUUAUUGGGAGCCAGCUGGUGGCCACCAGUCACACGGGGAAAGUGGGAGUCUGGAAUGCUGUCACUCAGCACUGGCAGGUGCAGGAUGUUGUGCCAAUCACCAGUUACGACACUGCAGGCUCCUUCCUUCUCCUGGGAUGCAACAAUGGAUCGAUAUAUUACAUAGACAUGCAGAAGUUCCCACUGCGGAUGAAGGAUAACGACCUCCUCGUCACCGAGCUCUACCAUGACCCUUCCAACGAUGCCAUCACUGCCCUGAGUGUUUACCUAACCCCCAAAACAAGUGUCAGUGGGAACUGGAUUGAGAUAGCCUACGGCACGAGCUCUGGGGCCGUGCGUGUGAUCGUGCAGCACCCAGAGACCGUUGGGUCCGGGCCGCAGCUCUUCCAGACCUUCACAGUUCAUCGGAGCCCUGUGACAAAGACCAUGCUGUCAGAGAAGCACCUGGUGUCAGUGUGUGCUGAUAACAACCAUGUCCGCACGUGGACAGUGACACGGUUCAGAGGGAUGAUCUCCACUCAGCCAGGUUCCACUCCUUUAGCAUCCUUCAAGAUCCUGUCCUUAGAAGAGACGGAGAGCCAUGGCAGCUAUUCCUCUGGAAAUGACAUAGGGCCUUUUGGAGAACGAGAUGAUCAACAAGUGUUUAUCCAGAAGGUUGUUCCCAUUACCAACAAGCUGUUUGUCAGGCUGUCGUCAACUGGAAAAAGAAUAUGUGAAAUCCAGGCUGUGGACUGCACUACAAUAUCCUCAUUCACUGUGAGAGAGUGUGAGGGCUCCAGCAGGAUGGGCUCACGGCCAAGGCGCUACCUGUUCACUGGCCACAGCAAUGGCAGCAUCCAGAUGUGGGACCUGACCACAGCUAUGGACAUGGUCAACAAGAGCGAGGACCAGGAUGCAGGUGGUCCCACAGAGGAAGAGCUGCUCAAGCUGUUGGACCAAUGUGAUCUGAGCACAUCCCGCUGUGCUACGCCCAACAUCAGUCCCGCCACUUCCGUGCUUCAGCACAGCCGCCUGCGCGAGUCCAGCUCUAGCCUUCAGCUGCAGCACCACGAAACGAUCCCCGAAGCAGCCACUUACGGUGCCACACGGCCUUACCGAGAGAGCCCUUUGUUAGCCAGAGCACGGAGGACUGAGAGUUUCCACAGCUACAGGGACUUCCAGACUCUCAAUUUCAACAGAAGCGUGGAGAGAGCUGUCCCUGAAAAUGGGCAGAUGGGUCCAGCACAGGCUGAAGUGAAAGGGGCAGCUGGGGAGUGCAAUACAUCGGAGAGAAAGUCCCCUGGGACAGAAGUCAGAUGUGUGAAAGAAUUAGAGGGAGGGUCAGAAGUGCAUAAAACAGCAGAAGGUUUGUCAGAGCCCAAGAAAAGGUCAUCAGAGGAUGAAAAUGAACAUAAAGUGGAGUUACGGAAGAAAGGAUUUGAAGCAGGAGGAUUCCUUGGAAGAAAGAAGGUUCCCUAUCUCUCAUCCUCCCCAAGUACCUCUGAUGGAGGGACCGACUCCCCUGGUACAGCAUCCCCAUCUCCAACAAAGACCACUCCCUCACCUCGGCACAAAAAGAGUGACUCCUCAGGCCAAGAGUACAGCUUGUGAAAUCACCAAAGUUCAUGGGAGUUUUGCAAAAUUUACAGGAAAAACCACAUUUCCUGGGUUUCAGUACAUUGGCUUUUACAUCAAAUACUCAGCAGGAUAGUUUGACUCUCCUGAAGCAGGAACAGAGCGUACUCUCCUAAGGGGCUUGGUGAGCCUUUCUCAACACUCAGAAGUAGCUCUAAUCCUGCAGGCACACGAAACGGCAGCUUGUAAGCAGGAGUCAUUUCCAUGGUGUUCCCCUAGAGCAUGUGAUGCAGCGGGCCCUGUUCCUAACGCCGUUGCCCAAGGCUUGUCUUGCAGUGGUACCUUGCAGUGAAUCACGUAAUCUUGGAACGUGGGCUCCCAACCCUUGUGAAUGCGAAGUGUUUACUAGAUAAUUAAUGAGGUGCUAUGUUGUGAAAAGGUCUAUUGUUAACUCAACACUAUUACUGGACCCCAAGCUCUACCGUGCACUACGUCUUUAGGGUGAUUUUAUUUCAUUGUGGGUCAUUUUCUGAUUCUUGGGAGUUAAUACAGCAUGCAUCACCAGUGAUUGAUACCUGAAGUCCUUCCAGUGGGAACAACUGUCUGUGUUUGAAUAGGUAAAAUAAUGACAGGGGGAUCUGGGUGGUCAGAAGGGAUCCCUCCAUUUGCUAGUCCAGCUACUUUAUGAGCCACUGUGUUUUUGGAGUGUCACAUAGGAUUGGAAUUCUGAAUUUGGAGUUAAAUGCUUUGGUAUUUAAAAAUGUUUUGGCUUUAUUUUGAACUCUGGGAGCAAAAGAAAAAAUUUUGUACAUUUUCUUCAUUUAAUUGGAGUGGUUUACCUAUAUCUGCAAACGAAGAAAAUUUAAAUUUAAACCCAUGAGCAUUUACUAGUGAAUGAUGUAUAUUUCCCAUUCCCAGAAGUAUAAUGAAAUUGGAAUAAAUUCUUUAAAGUUUACUAUAUUA